AUGGUAAGAGUGAAGGAACCAGAAGAGGAUGAAGUUGAAAUAGUGGAACAACCAAAAGAUCAGGAUGAGAAAGAAUUAGAAGUUACUCAGAAGAUCAUUCCAAUGCCAGACCUCCACCUCCUUUCCCACAAAGAUUGGUCAAGAAAACUGAAGAAGGAAAGCUUGAGAGCCCCUAAAACGACUGCAAUACAACAACUUAUGGCUGAUCGUACUGUGAAGAAACCAAUUGAGUAUGUGUUCUUGAGCAAAAAUAAUAAUAUGCCUAUCAUUAUUGCUACUGAUUUGAACGACAUGCAAGUAGAAGCUUUGAUGUCAUUCUUGAAGCAGUUCAAAAGGGUGAUUGGAUGGACGAUUGCUAACAUUAUUGGUAUUCCACUAGGUAUAUGUUCUCAUAAGAUCCAACUCAUGCCUGAUAGUAAACCAAGUAUUGAGCGCCAGAGAAGAUUGAAUCAACUAAUGCAAGAAGUUGUGAAGAAGGAGAUUAUCAAGUUGUUAGAUGCUGGAGUAGUUUAUCCGAUUGCUGACAGUAAUUGGAUAUGUUUGAUUCAAUGCAUGCUGAAUAAGGGAGGAAUCAUUGUGGUUCCUAAUUCAAAGAAUGAACUUAUCCCGAUGAGGCCGAUUACUGGUAGGAGAGUCUGCCUGGAUUAUCGCAAGUUGAAUGCAUGGACAGAGAACGAUCAUGUCCCAAUGUUGUUCAUGGACCAAAUAUUAGAUCGUCUUGCUGGAAUUGGUUGGUACUAUUUUCUUGAUGGGUAUUCUGGAUACAAUCUGAUCUCUAUAGCACCGGAAGACCAAAAAAAGACUAAUUUCACUUAUCCUUAUGGGACGUUUGCUUUCAAGAAGAUGUCAUUUGGGUUGUGUAAUGCACCUGCAACUUAUUAA